AUGGAUCACGCAGACAAAGUUGGCAAAGCGAUAAGAGAAGAGAGUGAAGAAAGGGAAAGGAAAGGGUCCGUCCUAAGGGUAAAAGGUGUGGCUGUUUUGGUAUGGGUGUUUGGUCUCUCUAUCGGGUGGUUCUCCCCCGUACUUUUGGACCUCUUAGAACUGGGAGUUUUGGAUACCGGUAUGGGUAUGAGGUAUCGUGAUCGAUAA